AUGGAAAAAUUACCCUUGGCAUAUGACGAAACCAAUAGAAAAAGAUGGUAUGAUGAUGCUAUCGUUUAUACAAUUGCGGAAAGGGAAAAUCUGAAGGGUUAUUUACCUUGGCAUGAUGAGAGGACGGAUGGUAGUUUUGGUAUUGUUGUUUGUCCUGGAAGUUGUGUUUUAGUCAAUAAGCAAGUCUACGAUUCUAUCCCUCACCCCUAUCGUCCUCCGAUAGAACCAGCAACCGUUCAAACUAUCACUUUCGCCAAAGGUGAUACUCAAAGAUCAGUAGGAAGCACAAUCGUUCCAAUCAUCAUGACCGAUAGAACUACUUCUCGAAAGUUUCUAGUCAAACUCUAUGCUCUGGUGGUGGAACAAUUGAGGACAGGGAUGAUCAUAGGACAGAGUGGGGCGGAAUAUUUUAGAGGAUCAAAAGCUGGAGCAGAUGGUUCGUUCGUUUGGGAAUUCGAUUUUGAAAGUGGAGGGGUUUUGGUAGGGAAUGUGAGAUCAGCGAGAUGA